UGACGUGUAAGAGCUUUCAACUUCCUCCACCUUCCUUUUCCUGUGAUUAUUCAACAACCUGCCCGCAGUAUUUUCGAUUUAAAAAGGUUCUACGGCCUUGUGUGAAGAAAAUACACGAUGGCAGUGAGGCUAUUAUCUAAACUAAAGCUAAUCCCAGAGUUGGGAGGUGCCGCGUAUUCGAGCUCGGCCGCAGCACCUGCUACUGUGUCUGACUUCGAUAUCCAGCAUAAAACACCAGUUAUCAGGAAACAGUCCCACAUUCCGAAGGCUCAUUAUGGAGGAAGACAUGCUGUUACCAUGCUGCCAGGCGGUGGUAUUGGUCCGGAAUGCAUGGGUUACGUCAGAGACAUAUUCAAAUACAUUGGAGCCCCUGUAGACUUCGAAGUGGUGGAUAUUGACCCUGAUGUGGACAACGAUGAGGAUGUGCAGUAUGCUAUCACCACUAUCAAGAGGAAUGGUGUUGGACUUAAGGGCAACAUCGAAACCAAGAGCGAAGCGGCCUACGUGACCUCACGUAACGUUGCCCUGCGUAACGAACUGGACAUGUACGCUUACGUGAUGCACUGCAAGUCAUACCCCGGACUCGACACGAGGCAUAAGGACAUCGAUGUCGCUAUUAUCAGACAAAACACAGAAGGAGAAUACGCCAUGUUGGAACACGAAUCAGUACAUGGUGUGAUUGAGUCCAUGAAGGUUGUGACAGCUAGCAACUCCGAGAGGGUGGCCAGGUUCGCCUUCGAGUACGCGAAGAAGAACGGACGUAAGAAGGUGACAACGGUCCACAAAGCCAACAUCAUGAAGAUCUCCGAUGGCCUGUUCUUAGAGACUUCUCGACGUCUCGCCAAGGAGUAUCCGGAGCUGGAGCACAAUGAUAUGAUCAUCGACAAUUGCUGCAUGCAGCUGGUCGCUAAGCCUCACCAGUUCGACGUGAUGCUCAUGACCAACCUCUACGGCUCCAUCGUGUCCAACGUGGUCUGCGGUCUGCUGGGCGGCGCUGGACUGUUGUCUGGAAGAAAUUACGGCGAACACUAUGCAGUGUUUGAACCUGGCACUAGGAACACAGGCACAGCGAUCGCCGGCAAGAACAUCGCGAACCCCAUCGCCAUGAUCAACGCGUCCGUGGACAUGCUGGAGCACCUCGGGCACCACUUCCACGCGGACCUGAUCCGCGGCGCCGUCACCAAGACCAUCAACGUGGACCGCAUCUUCACUCCCGACGUCGGGGGCACCGCCUCCAGCACGGACGUCGUCAAGGCGAUCAUAGGUAACAUUGGACAGGGGCUUGGACACGGACAUUAGGAAAGACCGUCCCGUUUCUCCAUACAAACGUAGGCCCCAUUUUUCUCUCCGGAUAUUGACACUAUGGAAAUUUUUACAUUACAUGUUGCCAGGCAGAGUGAUGGCAGGUGGACCAAAAUGUUGACAGAUUGGUGGCCGCUUUCGGAUGAACGAAGCGCCUGGCGUCCGUUGGCUCGUUGGGUGUUUUUUUUUUUCAAAUCUCUUUAAUAAAAGGGUUUCAUCAUAUUUAAUGAUGGCACCCCCAUUGUUACAAAUUAAAAUUACAAACUUACCGUGUCAAUAUCCCAUGUAUAACACAAUAAUGUUAAUAUCCAGAGAGGAGACUGCGGUCUACAUUUGUAUGAAAAGGCGAUUUCGAUUUUUCGUCUCGUCUUAAGCAAUCAGAAGGUAGAAGGAAUUUGAUUUCUGUUCCACUUUUUACCAACAAUAUAAAAGGCAGUACUCCGUUUUUGCUUAAUUUUUCUAACCUCAAAAGUAAUGGAAAUUAACUGUUUAUUCAGAAAUGCUAGGGUUCCUAUGAUAUCUAAUAUUGGGGUACAAUAAUAUGUGACGUUUUCAACCAAAAGGUACCACAUUGUCGCUUGUCGAUAAGGUUGAUUUCAAAUUGAAGCUAUAUGGAAAUAGCGGCUUAUUGACAACCUACAAUAAGUACCCUUUUGGAUGAGAAUGGCACAUAUGUAAACGGCACUAUAAUUCAGUGUUACUGGGAUUUAAUUUUAGAGGAAAAAUGUUACCACACUUUUGAGGUUAUAAAAUUUCUAAUCUGAUAAAAACAGGAGGGUACUUAUAGAUGUGUUGCGGCAAAGAGGAUAUAAUAAGAUAGAGCGGUACUGUCAUAGAAAAUUUUGUAACCACUGUAAAUUCACUGCCAUCUAUCGACAUACUUUAAAACUAAAAAUUAAGAUUUAUAAAAAUACGUUAAAAUGUAUUUAAAUAUGGAUCAAUGAUUUUUUUUAUUUGCAUUAAUUAUUUUUAUAUGAUUUUGACCCAUGUCCUUUCACUGAUAUGCGUUAAAAUUAUAAAUAACAAACGAAACGGUCAACGCCCUCUAUACGAGAGUAGGCCAAAGCUAGUGGCGCCAUUUUCGAGGCACGUUUUUUCCUUAGACUGUAUCCAUCUAUUACGGAGUUAUAUCUAUCUUUGGUUGCGGUGACGAGGUACAAAGUGGCUCAGAAAUUAAAAUUACUUAACCCAUAAAUUAUUGGUUGUUGAUUAAGGCAUAACUUAUUGGCAACCGAUAAGUUACCUUAUAAAUGAUCGAUCAAGUUUUUCUUGUUAUAUUAUUUCGUAAGUAGUGUCAUAGUGUGAUAUUAAAUUGAGUUUUUUCUUAACAAAAAUGCAUUAAUAAUAAGUUUGUACAAGUUUUGAUACCCUGUGAACUAGACAUGCGCGAAACAGUGCUCCAAAAAGUAAUGCUAUAUCACAUCACUUUUUCGAAAACGUAAUAGUACACUGAGAUAUCACAUCACUCAUCACUCGAAACAUGACCCGAACGUGAAACAGCGCUCCGGCGCGCGCGUGAUGGUCAAAUUACAGCAUCUCCUACAUUACGCAGCGCAUCUACAGCACUCUAGUGACGUAGUGACUAGCGCGUCUCGUACCUAUGUGUGAACUUAUGGUUUUAAACCAGUUGAAAAAUAUUGAAUUAUAAGAAAAAGUUAAUCGAUCCAUUUAAUGAGAUUUAAAACUUAGAACUAAACUAAACUUCUUUGUAGAAAUCGCAACUGUUAUAAUAGGGUAUUUGAUUGUAUUUAAAAUAAAUUAUUUUACACCAUGCAUGAAAUAAAGGACCAGAAGAUUAAUAGAAAAACGUAGACAGCAGUUAUUUUUAGACACAAUUUCUAUUUUAAAACCCGUAUAAAACUACAAAGAGUUGGUAAUUUGAUUGUGACGUCACAUGCAAGUGUUUCAUAUAAAUUCCAUACUAGCAAAAUCGUUUUGACAGUUCGAAAAAAGAAACUGAUUUGACUAGUAGUCAAAUACCCUAUUAUAAUAAAAUGACAGUAGCGACAUCUGUUACCAAAGCGCCAAAAUCCCAAAAACGUCAUUAGAUUAAAACGUGUGAAAUUAAAUCGAUUUUGGUCAUUUUGGGACUUAGGUAAUACGGCCAAAGUGCCUCUUAGUUUGAUUUUGGAAAAGUGAUAUCUUGUAUCUUUAUAGGCAUCAUUUUUCUAUAAAUAGGUCAGCUAAAAUUAAGGAUGUUUUGUGACUUUUAGGCCAAAAUGUGGAAUAAAAAUAAAAUAAUCUUUAUUGCAACUUUAAAUUAUUACUUAACAUUGGUUCCUGGCUCUCAAAGUAGGUUUCCCUGUGUCUCAAGAGCCAGAGGAAUAAAGAAUUAUUACGAAUGAAAUAAAACUAUGAAAACGGAUUAUAUCGCGUAUAUUGAAUUUAUAAUACAUCCCGACGUUUCGAACCCUUUACAGCGUUCGUGGUGCGUGGUGGUGGUUUAUUUCAUGAGUAACUAUCGCGGUAACCUAAGACAAUAUUAAUUAUUACGAAAUUAUAGAGUAAAAUAGUAUUGCCAUACCUUUAUGUACUAAUUGAUACCUAUUUCAUUAACUAUCCUUAACUUUAGCUGAACCAUACAGUAUUCUACCACACUUAAAACAACCAAAUAUAUUCGAAAUACAGUAGUAGUACUUAAUAGAAUCAUUUUAGUUCUGUACGUUCUGUCAUAGACAAUUUUUAUUUAUUUAGACCAUAGACAAAUAAAUGGCUUGUAUUUUUUUUUGUUUCAUAUUGUAACAAAUGUGUCAAAAUUGUACCGCUAAAUAGUUUCCAUGUGUAAUAAUUUUAUAAAUCAUGUAUUUAUUAUACCAUUUUUGUAUUACAUUUUCGCUAUUUUAAUUCUGUAGAUAUUAUUUGAAUUUGUAAAAAAAUGUAAAUUAAAUAGCCUUUAUCAUUUCGUCUGCUUUGUCACUGGUCUUAAAUUAAACCUUAAGCAUUACGUUUUAAGGUCGAAUAUUGACUAGCAAGAUCUUUAAUGAGGCAUUCGAAAAUUUAAGUACAAGAUAGAAUAUAUUAUUAUUAUAAAAUAGAAUUUCAGUUACCGUUGUGUAAGUAGAUAAUAUUUAUUUAUUUCAAUUGUUUAAAUAUUGGAAAUAAAAGCCAGUAUUA